UUGCUGAGGGUGAUCAGCCUGACGAAUGGCCCGGUCAGUCGCAAGCAAGGGGUUCUCCAGGAAGGGUUCUUCGCUGUUGAUCCAACCAACCCUACAAGCUUCGAUCUCCCAAGCUGAAGCACAAACCACACACACACACACACACACACUUGGCCUGAUACACACUCCAGACUCGGAAAGAUGUCGUACCUCUUCGACUUGUCAACCCCUGCAACGAUCAACUUCGAGCCCCUGCUGACUGACCCUACUGGGGAACGAAUCGGCCAGCUGGCUGGGGCUAAUGCCGCCCGCGGGGCAAUGCGAACGAGCUUGAAAGAAUGCAAACAGAACUCUGGCAAACGCGAUUGGUUCAAGGCUGUCAAGACAAUCGAAGACUACCUCCCUCACCUCCUGGGUCUUAUGGAUGCAAUCGAAAAAGAUAUGUUGUUGAUGCCAACUGAAAUAGUGUUCGGAUGGAGAUCAACCUUAUCAUCUCGGAGGGUUCGUUCGCCAUCUAGGAUUUCAUUACCUUCCUUCUACUACGAAUUAGCCUCUGUCCUUCUGAACCUUGCCUUCGCCUUAUCGAAUACCUCGAACUCGCUAGUGAGCUCUAUGGGCUCAUAUGAGAUCGGCACCGAAGCUGAGCGACGUGCGGGAGACGGGAAGCUGAGCUCGGCGGCCGACACUCUCUGCCGUGCGAGCGGAAUAUUCGAAUUCUUGAGCAAAGAGAUUAUCCCUAAAUGGGAAAAACACCAUCGGGACGGCAUUGCUCAUUUGCGUGCCUCCCGGCCCCCAGAGCUAUCCAGAGAAGCCACCGGUGGAUUAGCCCAACUGAUGUUAGCGGAUGCUGAGCGGCUUGCGAUCAGGCGUUUACUGUCAAGGUCUGCGAUGGAUCGACACACGAACCCAGGAGCAGGCUUGCCCAAAUCACAUCCCUCGCCCGCGCUGCUCGCAAAGCUCGAGUUGAAUGUGCACCAACUGUAUAGCAGUUCGAAGGAUGCGUUCAAGUUAGCCAGUGGGGCCAGUGAGAUUGCGAGUUCCCUGCGGAACUACGUCAGUGAAGGUCGUCAAGUAGCUCUUGGACGUGGGUACAAGUGGCUGGCGCUGGAAGCCGGCGAACAGGCCAGUCAAAACGGGGAGGCUAUCGGCUGGCUCGGCCUGGCACGAGAGGCAAUGAAGGCGGUGUGUAGUGGAUCGCUUCUUGCCGUGCGGAACGGGUCUCUGAAGAAUGACUGGGCUCGUAAGAAAGGGAAAGUGGAACUGGAACUGGAAGAGAUCGAUAAAUUCUUGAAAGCCUAUGAGCAACUAAAUCGAACGGUCACAUUUGAACCGAUCCCACCAGAAGCCACGCUUUUGACUCGAGUCCCCGGAGGCAGGGCGGCAUUGAGCAUGAAGACAUAUACCAUGCCUUCUCCUCUCAUUAAAGACUUUGGUUCAUAUACCAAUCCUAGCGUUUUAGAUUGGGCAGAUAGUGAUGACGAAGACCUACCAAGCUCAUCAAGGGAACCUGAGCAAGCUUAUUGCUGAACUGCUCUUGGCGCCUCUCAAAGAUUGUCAGGCGGUUUCAAAUGGACUUUCUGUGUGUAACUGAUGUGCUAUUACCGGUCUUUGUAUAUAUACAGUUGAAGUUCUGUGAAUGAUCAACUGCCUUUCUUACGGAAAUAUCAUAGUGAAAAGACUUUUGCUUCGACUGUAUUGCGGCGGGCUUGGUUUCUAAACGUCAUCAUUGAGCCAAGCUAGAAUGAUAAGAGAGACAAUAGACAUGUGCGAUUCUUGGGGAGGAUACUAGAAGACGGGU